UACGGAUUGACUAACUCUCCGAUUGUAUACCAACGUAUCAUUAACGAAACCCUUCGCAAACAUAUUGAGGCUGGUAAUGUGUUAGUUUACGUAGAUGACGUCUUACUGAUGAGUCACGCAGUCGAAGAAGGUAUUAACCUGUUGAGAGACGUGUUAACGACUCUGACAAAUGCGGGCUUUUCUAUUAACUUACGGAAAUGUACCUUUCUCUCGAUGCAAGUAGAAUACCUAGGGCGUAUGGUGAGCCAAGGUCAGGUUAGGCCGAGCCCCAGUAAGGUGGAAGCACUGGUGAACGCACCGGCUCCCGCAAACGUUAAACAGGUUAGGCAGUUCUUAGGCUUGUCAGGUUAUUUUAGACGUUACAUAAAAAAUUAUGCAACCAAAACCGCUUGCAUAUCACGCCUAACUAAGAAAAAUAUUGACUUUUGUUGGACACCGGAGCAAGAACGUGCGCGUCAAGAAAUCAUAACUUGUCUAACCAGUGAACCCAUAUUAGCUAUUUUUAAUCCCUUAAUUAUCGCUAUUCUCCAGUAGGCGAUGAACCGAGACUACUUUGUUUUAUACCAAAGGGGCAUCGGUUAAGUUUGUUGAGAAUAUUUCAUGACGGACACGAACAUAUAGGCGCGGACAAAACUCUAGAUUUAAUACUUAAACAUUUUUGGUUCCCUGGAUUACGACAAUUUGUUAACAAAUACGUUACGCAUUGUUUAGUAUGUUUAUCCAAAAAACGUGUACCCAGGGCUCCACACCAGCUAAUAACUUCAUGGAAAAAGCCAGACACCCCUUUUGAUACUUUGCACUUAGACGCUUUAGGACCAUUGCCCGAGUCCAACGGUUAUAGAUUUGUGUUGCUAAUAGUAGAUGCUUUUACAAAGUUUUGUAUGUUAUAUGCAAUACAUAGGCAAGACGCAGGCGAACUUGUACGUAUACUCACUAAUGCUAUAUCAUUAUUCGGUGUACCAAGAUUAUUAGUAAAAGACCGUGGGCGAAUGUUUGAAUCGUCCAUUUUUACUAAGUUCAUCUCCGAACUCGGUUGUUCAGUACACUAUAUAACACCUGAGAUGCACCACUCUAACGGUCAGAUAGAACGGUACGUGCGGACCGUACUUAACAUGAUUAGAAUCGAAGCCAACCAUAAGAUGGCGUCAUGGUCAGAUCAGCUAUGGAGGCUUCAACUCAUCUUGAAUAUUACAAAACAAAAGACGACACAGACGUCAGCUCUGAACCUGCUUGUUAGCACCGAAGCAACGACGCCACUUAUCCGUUUACUGGUACGAGACGUAGCAAUGGAAGGAUCUUUAUGUAAUAGGGAAGGUUGGCGCGCAAUUCGAAGGGCGAGGGCCAACGAAUUAUUGGAGAAAAAUCGGGAAUGUCAAAAUAAUUACGUUAAUCGAAAUCGGUGUGCACCUCGUAUUUUUAAAGUCAAUGACUUAGUGUUUGUCAUUAAAUACUCGCAAUCAACGGGUAAGUUGGACCCAGGAAUGCGAGGACCGUACAAAGUCACCAGGAUUUUGCCUAGUGGCCGCUAUGAGUUGAAAUUGUUGAGUGGGUCAUACGGGAAGACUACACAAGCGGCAGCAGAAUACAUGGUUCAGUGGCACGGGGAAUGGUGUCCCGAAACGUGCGCCCCAUUUUUUGCAAGUAAGUUGACGGUUACUAUUUUGUAUGUACACGUUUGUAUCUUAGGCAGUCACAAAAUUACAUCAUACACACAUAUCAAGCUCGCCGUUCACUGACUAAUACUAACCCAUUAAAAUAACCUCCCUGUUUCACUACACACAUACACAGUGACUGGCUGAGUUAUAAACAUUGUGCUGGUUGGUAACCUGUUAGACUCAUAUGGUGUGACUUCUAAGUCAAAUGUA